AUGGCGCCCCCAGCCCCGGGGGUGUCCCUGCCAGGCCUGGGGCUCCCCGCGCUGCCCCUCCCCAGCCCGGCAGCCCGGUCCCUGCCGCCCCCCCGAGCCCGCGGGUUUCUGCCCCCCAUUGCCCCAGCGCCCGCCCCCUCGGCCCGGUCCCCGCAGCGCACCCAGCCGAGGGCCCAGGGGAGGGACAAGGACACCGGCCGCCCCCCCGCCAUGGCCGGGCAAGGGGAGAGCCCGCCUGCACCCCCAGGCUGGCGGGGAGGGGUCUCUGUGCCCCACGGACACCCCCAGCGCCCCUUCUCCUCCAGACCCACCGAGCUGCCAUCUCCCUGCACCAUCCGCUUGGACCGGGAGAACAUCAGCGCUAUCAGGAGGCUCCGGAGCCGGCGGGACACCCACAGCCUCUACCUGCAGCAGAACCAAAUUGAGAAGAUCGAGAACCUGAGCUGCUUCCCCAACCUGCGGUUCCUGUCCCUGGCUGGAAACCGCAUCCGCAGAGUGGAGAACCUGCAGCCCCUGCAGCACCUGAGCGUCCUGGACCUGUCCCACAACCGCAUCCAGACGCUGGAGCCAGCUGAGCUGCCCCGCAGCCUCCGCCUCCUCGACCUGACAGGAAACGAAUGCACCCACCAGCAGGGAUACAGGGAGCUGGUGGUGGCUGCUCUGCCCCACCUCCUGCAGCUGGAUGCUCAGCCUGUCCAUGGCACUGUGGAUGAGGAGGAAGAGGAAGGAGGCUCCUGCAGCAGUGAGGAUGAAGAUGAUGAGGUGCUCUCUGUGCCAAGCAGCCCUUUCACUGCAGGCAAAGAUUUCUUUGUGGAUCUGCAGCGGGAGCUGGCUGGGCACUCCCAGAGGAGGAGGAGGGAGGCCCUGGAGGAACAUCAGACCCGUCUGGAAAGGCUGGAGGAGCUGCGGGAGCACCGGGAUCUGCUGCUGCUGCCUCUGAACCCACCCGGCAGCGGGGCCCCGCGGCCCCGGCGGCUUCAGCCCCGGCCCCAAGUGAAGCUGGGGACACCACUGCCACUGCUGCCCCCGCGAGCUCCCAGCAGCAGCCAGCCCCACAACAAGGCUCUGCAAGAGGACACUUGUGCCAAAGGAGCACGAAACAAGCAGUUGCCCCCCAUAGCCCGCAGCAGCACAGCACCAUGCAGUUGGGAUUAAAGCUUCUUUAUUC